AUGUCACAUAUAAAUUGCCAUGACCUUUUCUCAGAUCUGGGGUCAAUCACAAAUCAUAUCAUAAAGAAAACAUUUGGAAGCGACAAGUUCAAGGUUAUAAUCGCCGGGCACAAUGAUUUGAUCCUUGUCAAAGGCUGUCAUAUGAUUUGCAUUACUGGAACUAUAGUCACAAGACAGUUUGAAUUUGAAAAUGAUAUUAUAAACUGCUUUUAUACCAAGUUUAACGAGAGUCAUGAGACCAAACAUUCAUUACACGAAAACAGCUCAGGCAUACAAAAAGUCCUAGUUGUGAUAUUCACUGAUCAGAUAAGGGUUUACAAUAACAAGGGAGGUACAAAGAUACUAGCUGUUCCAUUUCACAUCAAGAGAGCAUUCCCAUUUCAAGAUGGAAUCGUUAUCAACAAAAUGCGGGAUAUGAGUAUCAUAUCCCUGGAUUCAUUUUCAUUAUCAUCUGGCAGUUUGCUUUCAUCAAUUCAAUCGGCUAAAUCAACAUCUGCACUAUCCAGCUCUACCCCGACUUCAAGCGCACCUUUAAACUUUUCUGCACCAAUAGGUCAUUCCUUCUCUUCAGAGAGUAAUUUCUUAACAUUAACCGAUCCCCUAGGAGACUUAGGUAUAAUUGCAUCUUCCUCUGUUACUUCAUUUUCUUCAAAAGAAGAGCUCACAAGCUUUCCGGAAAAUUCCACAUAUUCUUUGGCCACACUUUUCAAUCCUUUGGAGCGGAAGUUAAACGUAUAUCAUGUGAGAUAUCUUUCAAAUUCGAAAAGCCAUAGAAGCAAGAAAAACACAUAUUUAGAGCUCAGGAAAGCAAAUAUCCGAAACACUUCUUCGUCAAGUACCAUGCAACAAAUGACACCGAACACUUCUAGAACACUAGAAAAUGAUUCACGACUUGUGAGAUUGUCAUCAGUUUUAUCAUAUGAUCGAAUGGCAUCUGGCGGUGAGAUCAAUGCAGAUUCUUCUAGUGGUGUGCUUGCCGGUAAUCCAUCGUUUUUUCAAAAGUUGAGAAAAGCCAUAAUUUUUACGAAAUUAAAUUCUUUUUCAUUAAAGGGUACGCUAGACCAACUAAAAGUAUUUAAUAUACUCUUUAAGGAUCAGGAAGCAAUUGUGAUCAGUAACUUGAAGAAAAAACGGACAACAUUUUUAAUUUAUGAUAGUCCUGCAAAUAUUGUGAGCCUUCCAAACUUCAAUGUAAAGUUUUCCCUGAACUCCACCGAUGUUGUGAAGGCCCAAAAUUUGCAGGAUCAUCCCGGAUAUGUGUUAUUAAAGCAGGAGAACAAUAAACUAUUUUUAUUCAAUCCAUUCAUGAAGCUUAGUUCACCAGAAAUAAGUCUUUCGAAAAUUCCGAGGAUUACAGCACUUGAUGGCUUUUUUGGAUCGACAUUGAUUUUAACUAAUAACAAAUCUGAUCGAGUGGUUAUCAAUCUUUCUAUUGAGCCAACAGAUAAAGUCACGGGCACACUUCUUAAAAGUUUUCAGUAUUUGACAAACUCCUACCUCCAGGAAUAUUUUUGGCUUCAAUGGUGUGGAAGUAUGUCUUCGCAAGACUCAAAUGGUUCUGAUUGGGAAUAUUUUAUUAUUACACUUCUCUCGAUGACCUCAUUUUCGGAAAAUAUUAAACCAGACGACGAGGUCAUCAACAAAAACGAAAUUACAAAGCUUUUACCUGCAGCUUCUUUGGCUCGAGCUCAGCGAUUGACGAACAAUUUAGAUCAAUUUGAUCGUAAUUAUAGUCUGGAUAGUUUACUUCCAAUAAUUGUUUUAUCUCUUCAUAUUGUGCGGGAAGAUUUAAGACUAGAUGUCUUAUCAUCAGAAAAAAUGGGGAAGUUGUCUGUAUUUCUUGCUCAGAUGGUUAGUUGGAUGGGCUGGUCUGAAAAAUGGGUACAAUACUACCAUAUAGAUCCUGCGCUUAUUGAUCAAUGCACUAAAAAGUUGUUAUCAGAGCCGAUCGAGGAACCACCAAAUAUAUUUCGAUCCUUGAGCAGUUUGUUCACAGAUCAAAUAGUGCCUUAUAUCACUUUUGCACAAUUGGCGGAGGAUGAUGAAGAGGCGGAUAGAAUAAUUAUACCAAAAACUUACUACUUAUUGCGUUUAUUUGAGGUACUGAUUUCACCACAAUAUGUCCCGGAGGAUUUGAUAAGAAUGAUGGCAGACUAUAAUAUCAAAAAAUCAGACAUCGAAACACUCCCUAUUGGUAUACAUGUUAUUUUAAAGAACAAGAUAAUGCAUUGCAGGGAAAGCAUAUGUUCUCAAUGGGACCUGAAUCAAAGAGAGCUAGCUUUAAUUGGUCGCCGGGAUUUGUUAGAAUCAGAAAACUCACGUAUGGAAAACGUUCUUUCAGCACAAAUAUCAUCAUAUAAUUUGAAAACUGCAGGAGCUAAAGAAAUGCCAGAAAUAAUCAAAUAUGUAAAUAACAAUGCAGUACUUUCACCAUGGGAUGAUCAAGCUGAGGCGGACAGGUUUCACGUUACGCGUUUAAUUUUUUCAGACGAUCGGAGAUUCUAUGAAGUCACAAGACUUUUACAAACAUCGAAAGUACAAACUGGGUUUUUAAAGUUACCAUCUACGAUGGAUGAAAAUAAAAAAUUAACAAAGCAGCGUGCACUAGGUGCGAAGCUUGCUCUCAGGACUCUUACAAUCCCAAUUGGUCGGGCCGCAUUGUUUAUAUCAAGCAGGAAACCACUAGUUACUGAAAAGUUUCCAAUUCCAAAAAUGAACUUUAAUGCCUUAAUUUUACCAGAUAUGAUCAAUAUUGGACUGGAAAAGGGUACAAUUGAUUCUUAUUUGUACGAUUGGGGGUAUUUUCAUAACGGAGUUAGCGCCGGAUUAAUGAUUUCGAGGAGGUUUGAUAAUAUUAGUGGAAGUUGGAUUGUUUUCAAUCGUCCGCCAACAUUAAAUGCUCAACACGCGGGCUUUUUGUUGGGCUUGGAUUGA